CGGUGUCCCGCUGGCCGCCUCGCAGCCCGGUGUAUGUGCGGCAACAACAUGUCGGCGCCGCUCCCCGCCAUCGUCCCGGCCGCCAGGAAGGCGACGGCUGCCGUCAUUUUUCUUCAUGGAUUGGGAGAUACCGGGCAUGGAUGGUCAGAAGCCCUCGCAGGUAUCAGAAGCCCCCAUGUAAAAUACAUUUGCCCACAUGCGCCAGUUAUGCCAGUUUCUUUGAACAUGAACAUGGCUAUGCCGUCAUGGUUUGAUAUCAUUGGACUUUCUCCAGAUUCACAGGAAGAUGAAGUUGGGAUCAAGCAGGCAGCGGAGAAUGUUAAAGCACUGAUAGAUCAAGAAGUAAAAAAUGGAAUUCCUUCUAAUCGAAUUAUUCUGGGAGGCUUUUCUCAGGGAGGUGCUUUAUCAUUGUAUACAGCUCUUACAACUCAACAAAAAUUAGCAGGUGUUGUAGCCCUCAGCUGUUGGCUUCCUCUACGGGCUUCUUUUCCUCAGGCCCCUAUCAGUGGUGUCAACAAGGAGAUUGCUGUUCUUCAGUGCCAUGGGGACUGUGACCCAUUGGUUCCUUUAAUGUUCGGUUCUCUCACUGUUGAGAAGCUAAAGAGUAUGAUAAAUCCAGCCAACAUAACCUUCAGGACUUACUCUGGCAUGAUGCAUAGCUCAUGUAUUGAGGAGAUGAUGGAUGUAAAACAGUUCAUAGACAAACAUCUACCUCCCGUAGACUGAAAUGAUAUAUGAGGAGCCUUCUAUAUAAAUACACCAGCAUCAACUGUGGUAGAGUGUUAAUCUUUUCAUAUGCCUGACAGGAAGCAUUACUUCUAUACCUGCAGUGCUACUACUGUGUUGCAAAUUUAUACUUAGGAUGAGGAUUAAAUAAUAGACAUGUACAAGAAAUUAUGAUCUUUUCAGUAUUAAUCAUCCACUGGUGGGACAAUGUGAAUGAGGCAGCCAGGUAACAAUGACAGAAUGUAACCUCAACAUACUGUUUUAAGAUAUCUGAUUUUUUUGGUUGCAGAAUUUUAAACUGUUUGUACAAGUAAUUAAAAACUGAAUUUAAGCGAGCAACAUAAACGUGACCAGUUUAGUUAUACUUGAGACAUGAUUUGUUCUUAAUACUCAUUGAAAACAUAUUAAAACAUUUCCUUUAUGUAAUGGAUGCAUAAAGUACACAACAUGUAACAUAGUGGGCAUAUGAUGGUAGAAUAAAUGCUACCAAGGACAAAGCUUUAAAUAUUAAAUUUUAAUUGUUAUUCCACAUAAGGAGGGUUGUUCUCCUAUAACGGCUAGAAGUCAGGAAAGGUAUUUCUUAUAUUUAAGCCACCUCAAUUUUUAACUGUUUUCAUGUAGGUAGAUAUUGUGGAAAUUCUAAAGGGACUCAUUCCUUGUUAGACAGUCAUUUGUCGCUUAUUGUCUUUUUUUUUUUAUUACUAUAAACUCACGUCAAAUGCUGACUUGGAACAGAAUUCUGAAGACGUGCAUAGGAUUAAUUUGAGUUUCAUUUAAAAAUUCAUGUUUUCGUACUGAAUAUCCAUCUUGUGCUUUAGUCUUUGUAGAUUUCAUUUGUAUAGAAAUGUUCAUAUAUUUCACAUGAGCAAUUCCAGCAUAUAGUUUUGAUUUUACUGUCUGCUUUGGAGUAACUAACUGAAAACAACGCAGCUGUGUAGUUACUUGUAUUGUUGAAGUCUCAUCUAUAACAUAUACAUUGACUAAUUUGAAUUCUUUUUUAAUAGAAAUAUAAGUGCAAUUGGGAUAUAACUUAAACUUUAAAUUGAUACCAUCUAAUACUUUCUUUUAUUGCAUGUUGAGACUUCAUUUUUUUCUGAAAAAGAACAAAGAAUUCUGUUUUCAAAUGGAUCAUUCUAUGUUUCCCUACAUCAGUAUAGCCUAGGAAUAUGAAGACCUACUAUGGGGGGGAAAAAAAAAAUCUAGAAGAUAUAGAAUGUCUCUUCUUUCAGAAGCUUAAAAUUCUAGAAUGCACUGGGUUACAGAAAUUGAUGCACACUCAAGAGUUGUUUUUGCAGUUAAGAGCCAUAACUUACUUCUGGAAACAGCUGUUCUUCUGUAGAGUUCAGAGGCUGUCACCACACUAGGAACAUUUAAAAAAUACACUACAGUUUUUACUACAUAAUAUGCUGCAUAACAUUGUUCUAUACUAUAAUAUGUUUGCAAGCAAAGAAUAUUCCUAUUUUGGAUGCAUCUGUUGUGUCAGCCCUGUGCUUCAUACCUGCAUUUAAGGUACUUUCUCCUCUCCCAGCUUAAUCAAGUGGUCCCCUUACACUGUAUAUGGAUUUACAUCCGAGGCAUCUGCCAGUACAAAUGCAUAAAUGGGGAAUUAUGCCUUUAUAUCCCUUCUUUAACACAGCUGCUGCCAGAAAUCUGACUUGUUCAACUAGUGUGAGUUCUCUGGUUUUAGUGCUUUUUUUUCAUAUGUAUUGCGCUUCAUUUUUAGGAAGCUGUUUUUCUUUUCUAAUCCAGUUUCUCUGGAUUAUUAAACAUCUCUUAAUAUGUAAAAUUGAAAAGGAGUUUUUUUCUAAAUGGUAUUGAAACACUUUUAGAUGUUCCAUCUGUGUGGUUGACAGGGCAUGUCUAUUAACUUUGAAGUUUAAUUAGUCUUUUCCCUCAGUCACUCUGUUCUAUAGAUCUGCCAAUUUGUCUUUUAGUUAAUUUAGUUCACAGAAGAAACCAUAAUAUUCUUAUUGUAGUUGUGCCAAAGUUCUAUUGAGAAAACAGUAUGUCCUAGCUUGGAGUCAUUCCCAAAUUGCAUUAGCUAAUUUUGCAGUCUUGCUGAAUUGCAAACUUGGUAAGCAAACUAUAUGUUAUUUCUCCUAGUUUUAGAUUUAUCCUCAUUCCCAUGUUGUCUAAAUAAUUCCCUGAAUAUUGGCAUGUUUCCAAAGUUCUUGCACAAGCUUCUAAUUUUUCCUUUAUUAUUUUCUUGUUCUGUUUGUAAAUUGUUUGAUAAUGCUGUUCAGCUGUCUUGUUCAACUUCUAAUUGACUGUGUGCUCAUCUCACAUAUUCUUUCUUAUGUUAGAGUGAAUAUAAAAAAUAUUUCUAAGAUGUUAAAAUGAGAUCAGUCCUAGCUUUAUUCUGUGUUAGCUUCGUAAUACUUUCUUCAGUUUGGUGAGCUGUGUUCACAGCUUGUGGUCAGUUUCUAGUACUUACGCAUUUUAAUCGAAGUCAGCCUCAACUGUUGUCUCCCUGAUGCUUUCAGAUGUUUUUCUAGAAAUGCUUUAUGUGCUAACUUUGUUCAAGUAUUUGGCUAUCAUAACAAGAUUUUUUUCAUACUAUUGUUUUGCUGCUUGCUUUAUCUACAAAGAGCUGUGUUACCAAAGUAAAUGUAAGUAAAUGUUGUGACUUACUCUGAAUUUCUGUAUUCUAGGAAGAAUUCCCCUCAAGUUUUUUUUUUUUUUGCAGGAGUGUAUGUGUAUGUUGUAGUUGGGGGUUGUUAAAGAGCCCGGAAGCUAGAGGAAACUUCAAGGAUGUAUCCUAUCUCCUCCCAUAUUACAGUGUGUAUCUUGAGCUCCUGUCUUUUGUAACUUCCCAGGUGGUUGGAAAGCUGUGUGUAUGAUCUUGUAGCUGAACUUCACUACCUGAAGUGAUUUGAUGCUGGAAUUGUUGUCAUAAUUGCAUGUAUUUUUAGGCUGAAUGAUAGCUCAGUCUGGCGUGGGGAUUUUCAUAAUACUCUAUUACAAUGGAGAAGUUGGACUGUCAGUGUUCUAAAUGUGAAUGUCCUAUCCUCGUAAACUACAAUUUGAAACUGUCCAAUAAUGAAGCUUAUUUUUUGUAACAUUAGACUUUCCCCAAAAGGAGGUGAUGUCUGUCAAACCUGCAAAAGCAUUGAUACAAAAAUACCUUGCUUGCAGAUCAGUUUGUUUCAAUGGAUAUCUAACUCCCUGAUGCGUUUUUAAUUUCAAAAUGGUACUUAAAUUUGACUGCAGUUUUGUGCAGUCAGAAUUCUGACUUCUUGUUGGAAUACGUUGCCCACUUUUUAAUAAACAUGUUGAAUUAUGUAUUAUAAGCCAAAUCUUCUGGCCAUUCUUGAGGUAAACCUGUACUGGGGUCUGUACUGUGGUGAGGGCUGUAUGAUUUGGUCUCUUCCUCCUAUCCUGUAUAACUACAACACAGUGGGUUGGUAAAAGUACUGUACACUGUAACUGGUAUUAGAACUGUUAAUUAAAACAUGUUCUCUCUAAUGGAGUAUACUGCACUUCAUUAAAAUCAUUGGGAUGCAUCUUUUAUGUAGAGGUGCUAUUUGUGUUGAUGGAUAUGACUGAGAACAAACUGUAUGUCAAUGAAGCCAUAUGUACAAGGCCUGUGUAUCUUAAAUUUUAUAAAGAAGUACUGAACACAUACUCUUUGUGUUACGAAGUAUAAGCCAUUUAUAUCUAAUAUAAACAUCUAAGAUGUAAUUUACUUAGUUUACUAAUUUUAUUUAUGAUAAGAAAUCUUAACUUUGGAAAUUAUUUGUGUAGUAGGGAAAAUGUAAAAUCUUGCCAUUUUUAUCAUUGUGAAAUAAAUUUCAAUCAGCGUUUGGG